GAGUUGAAAUGUUAGGACGUGGUGGGAAGGCCUACGUAGCAUAAUAUAUAAUACAAGUAAUAAAGUAUGCAAUAUAUAAGAUGAGUGAGAGUGUGAUAGUAAGAAUUAAAGAAGCCAUAUAUAUUGAUAUAUGUGUGUAUUUCCUUUGGGCUUGAAACUCAAAACUAUAAUAAUGGGUUCUUCUUCUCCUCCGGACACUAGCAAGAGCAUAAAGCUAGAGCGAUACAACAGCUACAUCAGGAGACUCAACAGCACCAAACUCCUCAACGCCUCCUCCAAACUCCUCUUCCGUGCCACUAUCUUAGUCGCACUCAUCCUCGUCUUCCUCUUCACCUUCAACUACCCUCCCCUCGCCCCAGACUUCACCUCCCACCGCCACCUCCACUCCCACUCCCACUUCCUCUCCUCCUCCUCCUCCUCCUUCGCCUCCUGGGAGAAGCAGGUCCGCCACUCCUCCACCCCUCGCCGCCCCAACGGCCUCACCGUCCUCGUCACCGGCGCCGCUGGCUUCGUCGGCAGCCACUGCUCCCUUGCCCUCAAAAAACGCGGCGACGGCGUUCUCGGGCUCGACAACUUCAACAGCUACUACGAUCCCUCCCUGAAACGCUCCCGUCAGGCAAUGCUCUGGAAACACCAGGUUUUCAUCGUGGAAGGUGACCUUAACGACACCCCCUUGCUUGAGAAGCUCUUCGACGUUGUCCCCUUCACCCACAUCCUCCACCUCGCCGCUCAGGCUGGCGUCCGCUACGCCAUGCAGAACCCCCAAUCCUACGUCACCGCCAACAUUGCAGGCUUCGUCAACCUCCUCGAGGCUGCCAAAUCCGCCAAUCCCCAACCCGCCAUAGUCUGGGCUUCAUCCAGCUCCGUCUACGGCCUCAACACCCAAAACCCUUUCUCCGAGCUCCACCGCACCGACCAACCCGCCAGCCUCUACGCCGCCACCAAGAAAGCCGGCGAGGAGAUCGCCCACACCUACAACCACAUCUACGGCCUCUCCCUCACCGGACUCCGCUUCUUCACCGUCUACGGCCCCUGGGGGAGACCCGACAUGGCUUACUUUUUCUUCACCAAGGACAUCCUCCAAGGGAAAACCAUCGACGUGUACCAGACGCAGGAGGGGAAGCAGGUGGCCCGUGACUUCACCUACAUCGACGACAUCGUUAAAGGCUGCCUGGGAGCCCUGGACACCGCCCAGAAGAGCACCGGGAGCGGCGGCAAGAAGAAGGGCCCCGCCCAGCUCAGAGUAUACAAUCUGGGGAACACUUCACCGGUGCCGGUUGGGACCUUGGUGUCCAUUCUGGAAGGUCUGCUAAGCACCAAGGCCAAGAAGCACGUCAUUAAGAUGCCCUCAAACGGCGACGUUCCCUACACACACGCCAAUGUCAGCUUGGCCUACAGGGAUUUCUCUUACAAUCCCACCACCGAUCUCGCCACCGGUCUCAGGAAGUUCGUCAAGUGGUACCUCGGUUAUUACGGCCUCCAGCAAAGGCUAAAAAAGGAAUAUCACCUUGACAAUGAAUAAUCACCUACGUACGUACCCAAGCCUUAAUUAUCCUCACACCACAUGCCCUUGUUUUUGUUUUUACAAGAAACAAAGAAAAACAAAUAAUUCAAAUACCUACCUUGGAUCAUUUUUCUUGUUUUUUCUUCAAUUAUUACUAUUAUUUUUUCUUAAUUAUUGUGGUGGUCCGUGUCCAUGGAUCCAAAUGCAUGUUGGUGUAGCAAUUAUACAUAAUAUAAAUAUCGGGUAUAUAUAGAUGAGGGAUAUAUAUGCAUAUAUAAAUGUCAGGGAAACAAACAGAAAGCAAAAGCAGCAAGGAAGUGUAUGUAAUGUAAUGUAAUGUAGAUCUGUAAGGAAAGAGAAAGAAAGGUGUAAUAAUGCAGGGUGGGGUCUGCCACAAAGGUUGCAGAUCUCUCCCCUUCUUUUAUCCAUAUGUUUUCAUUUUCAUUUCACAUCUUGUUUCUCUGUUCUGUUAUUCAACAAAUUAUAUAUAUUAUCUUUCCUUUUCAUCA